AUGGCCUCAUCAUUAUUAUCAACAUCUAAAGGUUCCGAAUAUUUUGGUCAUCAAGUUUAUGCAGCUGUUAGUCAAAAACACAAUGGUAAAAAUAUAUUUCUUUCGCCAGCAAGUAUUGCUCUUGCUUUGUCAAUAUGUACAGUUGGUGCUCGAAAAGAAACAUUAAGCCAAAUGUUACAUAUAGACAAGUCCAACUCAAAUUAG